AUGAUGUCUGCCGAGGAGAGAUUGAAGAGGCUCGGACAGCUGUAUGUUGGGGGGGUGCAACAUAGCAAUGGCCAAGCCCUCAGCCUCGAGAGUCUCCUCGAUGUUCUUAUUGUUCUCUACGACGAGUGCUGCAGUUCCACUCUUCGGAGAGAGAAGAAUAUAUCUGAGUUUGUCGAAUUUGCCAAGCCAGUUGUCAACAAGAUCAAACAGUACAGGCUUCACCGAGAUGAUUUUGAGACAAUCAGGAUUAUCGGCAGAGGUGCUUUUGGAGAGGUGGCAGUGGUUAAGUUGAAGUCAACAGACCAGGUUUUUGCAAUGAAAAUCCUCAAUAAAUGGGAGAUGCUGAAACGAGCAGAAACUGCUUGUUUCAAAGAAGAACGAGAUGUGCUGGUCUAUGGUGACCGCCACUGGAUCACAAAUCUCCAUUAUGCAUUUCAAGAUGACAACUUCCUGUACCUUGUGAUGGACUAUUACUGUGGAGGUGACCUUCUAACACUACUGAGCAAGUUUGAGGAUCGUCUCCCAGAAGACAUGGCCAAGUUUUACAUCGCUGAGAUGGUGUUGGCUAUUAGUUCUAUUCACAAGUUAUGCUAUGUGCAUAGGGAUAUAAAACCAGACAAUGUUCUCAUAGAUCAAAGUGGACAUAUAGUGCUAGCGGAUUUUGGUUCGUGUCUUCGUCUUCUGGAAGAUGGAACGGUGCAGUCUUCAGUGGCAGUUGGUACACCAGAUUACAUCUCUCCAGAAAUUCUUCGAGCUAUGGAGGAUGGCCAUGGCCGAUAUGGCCCCGAGUGUGACUGGUGGUCAUUGGGAGUCUGUAUGUACGAGAUGUUGUAUGGAGAAACACCAUUCUAUGCAGAAUCUCUAGUGGAAACUUAUGGCAAGAUCAUGAACCAUCAGACGCGGUUUGAAUUCCCUGAUGAUGUAGAUGAUAUUUCCGAUGAUGCCAAAGAUCUGUUGAAGUUACUCAUAUGUGGUGCAGACAAACGAUUAGGGAAGAAUGGAUUGGAUGACUUCAAAAAUCAUCCCUGGUUUGAAGGCAUUGAUUGGGAGAAUAUCCGUACCAUGACACCACCCUAUGUCCCUGAAGUGAGCAGCCCUACAGACACUUCCAAUUUUGAUGUUGAUGAUGCUGACUUCAGACAUACUGAUUCAGUACCACCAAUAUCAAAUGCUGCAUUCAAAGGUCAUCAUCUUCCGUUUGUGGGAUUUUCCUUUACGUCAGAGUCACAAAUUUCAGACCUUGGAACACUUCAGGAUGUAAGCGAGAUGGAUUCGGAGAAGUUAGAAACUUUAGCUGCUGAGGCUUUUGAGCGAAAGAUAAAAGUUUUAGAAAAAGAGAACAAGGAACUACAAAGGAAAUUACAGGAUACUAGUAUGACAAUACAGAAGCUCAACAGUGGUGAGAUGAGUAGUACUGCUGCCGCUGCGGCUGCUGGUGCUGCCGAAUCUGAGGUUCGCCAACUCAAGGAAGAGAUUGCUGUGUUACAUAAAGUUGUCUCAGAGUCACAAACUGAGAUCAGUGCUGUUGAACAGGAGCUCAAGCGGGCCAUUGACAGCAAACAUGACCUGGAAAAACGCAUUAGGCUUUUAGACGAGGAAAAAUCUGCUCUUGAAAAGGAACUUCAAGAUUUUCGUGACAAAUACAAACAACAAGCGAGAGAGCUGAAGGAGGCCCUUGCUAAACAAAAGAUAGCCAUAGAACAAUACACAGAUUCUAAUGACUCGUUAUUAAAAUCCCAAGCAAGAGUUAAGGAGCUUACGAGGGAGUUUCGAAACAAAGACGAGGAGAUGGAAGAGUACAAAAGGAAGGCAGAUAGCAUGAAGAAUGAACGGAGGAGAGCAGAAAAGUCAAUAUUAGAGCUACAAAAUCAAUCUGACGAAUAUCGAUCCGAGGCAAGUAAGGAAAGGAAACUGAAGGAAAGAGCAGAGGCUUUUUCAAGGGAGUUAGAACAAGAAAUAGAAAGUAUGAAACGGAAACAACUAGGAAGGGCAUCCAACACUUCUACUUUAGAACUAACACAAGAAGUUUCAAGAUUAAAAACAGAAAUGGAACGGAAGGAGGUAGAACAAGAGGAAAAAAUAGCUAGAGUUUUAUCCAAGCACCAGACUGAACUUAGUGAUAGACAAUUUCUAAUGUCAGAACUGGAGUUAAAAACCAAAGAAAUUACCAAAGAAAAUGUGACAUUAAAACAAAAACUUAGUAAUCAAGCUUCUGUGGAUGAGUUACAAGCAGAAUUACAAAGACUUAAGUUACAAUCUGAUCAUUCUGGUCGAGAACAAUCUGUGAUGCAAGAAGAGAAUUCCAGAUUAAAGGAAGAAUUAGCAUUCCAAGAAUCUGCGCUGAAUUCCUUGGUACAAGAGAAGAACUCAUUGGAACAGGAAUUGCGAGAUAUCUUUGAAAAGAGGGAGUCGGUUGCCCAGUGGGAAGCACAGAUUUCAGAAAUCAUUAAGUGGGUGAGCGAUGAAAAAGAUGCUAGAGGCUACCUACAAGCUCUGGCUAGCAAAAUGACAGAGGAGUUAGAAAAUCUCAAAGUGAUGGGAGUGUCCGAUGAUUCGAAUCGGCAGCGGUGGCGAAACCGGCGUUCCCAAAGACUCGAUAAGAUGGAACUGCUGAACCUACAGUCAAGUCUGCAGAGUGAGAUUCAAGCCAAACAACAAAUCAGUGAGGAGCUUAAUAAGGUCAAGGCUGCUAACGUUGCUGGAGAGACUAAGAUCCUAGAACUGGAGGCUAUAAUUGACAAGCUGAAGAAGGAUCAUGAGGAUCUCCAGGACGACUUAAACAGAAUGGAGAGACCUGGUGAUUCCAGUCUGAUGAACUUUUUCAAGGGUCAUUUUUCUCUUCUAAAUGAUUCUGAGAAUGACAGCAUGGCUGAUGAAGAUAGUGUUAGUGAGGAUGCGCUAUCUAGGACAGACUCACGGACAGAUUCACGAUCAGACUUGCAGUUUGGCUCAGAGUCUACAAGUGACAGUAUAGCAAACACCAACAUGUCUGCAAACCAGGUGUCAACAUCUGAGCAGGUGUAUGAUCAGCCCUGGGGUGCCAGUAAGGUGGGCUCAACACCACAACAGAAGGUGCACAACUUCACCAUGAAGACGUUCACCACACCAUUCAGGUGUAACCAGUGUACAUCGCUCAUGAUCGGCGUCCAGAGGCAGGGCACAGUGUGUGAAGAAUGUGGAUACACCUGCCAUGUACAUUGUAUAGAGAAGGCACCAAACAUUUGUCCUGUACCACCAGAUCAGACAAAACGACGUUUAGGAAUAGAUGUAUAUAAGGGCAUAGGGACAGCCUAUGAAGGAUAUGUUCGUGUGCCAAGAUUUGGAGGAAUAAAGAAGGGAUGGGUCAAACAGUUUGUUGUAGUCUGUGAUUUUAAAUUAUUUUUAUAUGACAACAUUUAUCCUGACCGGAAUUCUCCCAGUCAUAUAGUCCAGCAAAUCCUAGAUAUGAGAGAUGAGGAUUUUUCCGUCAGUCCAGUGCUACCUUCAGAUGUGAUACAUGCCAACAAAAAAGAUAUACCUUGCAUAUUUAGAGUAACAACUUCUGAGAUGAAUCCACCAGGAAGUAAACAUCAAGUUCUAAUGUUGGCUGAAAGUGAACAGGAACGACAUCGUUGGGUUGGUGCUCUCAAUGAGUUGCACAAACUUCUACGCAAGAAUAAACUGCCUGAUAAAGUAGCCUUCCAAGCCCAGGAGGUGUAUGACAACUCCUUGUCUCUAGUGAAGAGUUGCUUGUCGGCCGUUAUCCUGGAACCUGACAGAAUCCUGAUGGGGACUGAAGAGGGAUUGUAUGUGGCACAGUUGAACAAAGAUGUGCUGAUCCGCAUUGGAGACCGUAGUGAAAAGAAGACUGUCUAUCAGUUGGAGUUGGUUCUGGAGGAACAACUAGUGGUAUUCAUUAGUGGUCGACAGAAGCAUAUCAAGUUACUGCAUGUGUCAGCAUUGGAGGGACAUGAUGGCGAUCCUGUGAAGAUCCCGGAGAGUAAGGGAUGCAGUGUGUUCUGUACAGGACUUAUCCGACAGAGCUGCUGUUCGUGUCUAUGUGUAGCUAUUAAACGGACUAUACAGGUGUACGAACUCAACAAGACACGCCAGAAGUAUAGGAAAAUGAAAGACAUUCAGGUCCCGGGACAAGUGCAGUUUAUAGAAAUUAUGAAUGAAAGACUUUGUGUGGGUUACCCGUCAUACUUUGCAAUUUACAGUGUCACAGGUGAUGCCGCACCAAUGACACUUGUGAAUUCUGAGGACUCAAGUCUGCAGUUUGUGAUACAGUCGCAACAAAACUCCCUGCAGGCAGUGGAGUUGUCUCCCAAGGAGUACUUAUUAGUAUUUAGUGUUUCGGGCAUAUAUGUAGACAACAAUGGUAGAAGAAGUAGAGCCCAAGAACUCAUGUGGCCUGCUCCUCCAACAGCAGUUGCAUUCAGCGAUCCCUACCUCAUGUGCUAUUCAGAAAAUGCCAUAUUUGUGUUCGAUGUUCAUACAGCAGAAUGGAUCCAGACUAUGUGCUUGAAAAAGACAAAGCCCCUAAACAGGGAUGGCUCGCUGAACAUGAUGAAUAUGAUGGACUCUCAACACAUCAUCCACUUCAAGAACGUCCACCAGGAAGAAGAAAGGCUAGCCAUUAAAGAAAUCUUCAAGAACAGGAGCGUCAACAGAAACAAGAGGAGAUUCUCUUUCAAGACAAGAGAAGAUCAUGAUCGGGGCGCCAAGGGGCCCGAGCGUCGAUCUCGUGAAAUUUCUGCACCAAUAUCAUUCAGCCAUGUAGCCCACAUGGGUCCAGAUCAGGUCUUUUCUUCAAGCAUACCAAUACCAGUUACAGUAACCCACGGCCAGUCUGAGAGAAAAUCACGCAUUAUCUCUGGUCCAACAAACUUUACCCAUGUGGCUCAUAUGGGUACAAACAUGGACAUGAAGUCCCUCAUAGAUCUUCCAAAGCCUGCUGGAUCAACUAGCACUCCAGUCGUGGAGAGAACACCCCCCGACUCUACCAUACAAAGGGUACGAAACAUCUUUCACCCUAGUAUGAAGUCUGUGCAAGAAGCUCAGAUGAGGGGCUCCCGGUCACAACCCAACGGAAGUGCAAGGCGUGAAUCGCCAUCCAAAGUUGGAGGUGGGGCACGUCCCACGUCUUCCACCUCCUCCAUCUCUGAUAGUCCCGAAUUGCCCUCUCACCACGACCAGUCCGCCUUCAGCGACGUCACCAGCAACAUGUUUGAGGAUGGGGAUGGGUUUGAGCGGCCACGUAUGCGCCUGUCUCUGGCCUCCACCAACAGUAACUUCAGUAGUCCCCCUCACUCAACUAGUGGCAGCAUAUCUGAGGACCGUGACCCCGGCGACAAUGACCAGGAGGUUGACUGUACUCGUCUCUGAUUGGCCAGAGUGUGACCCCAGGUCACCGGUAUAUCCAGAUGCAGCCCUGGUGAUAUCACACCAUGACUGGUUGUUUGAUGUGUGGUCUCCAGUCCCAAGUGUCAGCUGUACAGAGCCAUCCCAGCGAUGUUAAUUCUUCUGGACACAAGUUAUUGGUUACAGUCUGUGGUAGUUACUAUGCCAAGGCAGACACAUCAUAUUUACAACACUCAGCCCUGAGCCAAGAAAACAGGAAAUGCAGCAUUUUCACAUCUACAAAACAAAGCUCUGAGAUGCUUGCUUACUGCUGAUGAUUAACCUACUCCGUAUUAUUCCCAUAUAUAUUUAGUCCUAUUAUAUACCUGUAGCAGACCCACUGUGUCUACCACUCACAAGUUCUGAUUUUCCCCAUUAUAUAUUGGAGUCAGCCAUUUUGUCUUUAUUUCUGUAAGACUUUGAUACAAAUUUAACUCCCCAAACAUUUAACAGAAAUAUGUAGGAAACAAUAUUUUGUAGUGUUAAAAACCAAAAUAAUUGUUUAGCCUAGUACAAUAUUAUUUAUCAUGGAAAAUUUUUGAGAUCUUUAACCAUAUUUGUAAAGAAAACAUAUAACAUGUAUUUAUAUAAGGGACUAUCAUAAUUGGAUGGCUUAAAAUUUACACUGCAUAUUCCUAUUUAAGGAGUGAUUAUUUAGUGUUGCCCUUUGUAAGGAGUGAUCUCGGGUGUUAUUUGGUUGUUGUAUACAAUAUAGUUAGCCUACAUAUUGCCGCCAUUACAGUUAAACCUGUCUCAUUCUGGUGUGACCAUCAAGGUUUUUAUUCUGUGAUGUGACACAAUUCAGUCAGUUUGUAUCAUCACUGCCAUUGAAUCAUCCUGUCAUUUGUGUCAAAAACCUCACCACCUGUAAUAUUUAUAGCCUUCCUGGGACUGUAAACUGUAGUCCUGAAUUUGAGACGAAGUUGGACAUUAAACAGGUUUUCCUUGAUAUCAAGCUAGUAAGGAAUUUUAUUCAGGUUAGAUAUUUCAAAUAUCUUAUAUGGAAUAUUUGUCAUGUGAUUUAAUUCAUUUGACGGUAUUGUUGUGCAUUGGUCCUUUAGGACAUAAAUAUCUAGAUUUUUUUAUAUCAAUGAUGGUAUUCUGCAAAGAAAUUUAUAACGAGCCUGGAGUUCACAUAUUGAUUACAUACUAAUGCGUUUUAAUUUCAUUAUGUCAUCAUAUUUAGAUGAAAGAUUAAUUUACUAAAUACCAUAAGUAAAAAUACCGAUAUACUUAACAAUAAUGUAUAAAUUAUUAUCAAAGAACAUUAUAUCAAAGGACAUGUAAAAUUAAUAAACUCAUCUAGUUAUAUCAAUAACUUCUAUAAUCUAAACCAGAAAAUGACUUUGUGUCAUUCUUGAAUAAUGACUUAAAUACUGAUGUUCGGGUAUUCAGACUGGGAUGUGAAAUGACGGGAUAGUCUUCAUACCAGCACAACAUACUAUACCAGUGCUGAUUUAGGUAGUUUCAUUUGCCUUUUAUCAGUACUGUAUAUAUGUAUAUCACAGACUGGCAACCUAACCCACGAUGUUCUAGGUCAAACUUUCUACAGUAACAUGUACUUCUCAAAGAUAUCAAUAAUUCACAUUUCUCUAAUGUUGGACUGGUGUCAAGUUGAUGAUUUAUUUAAGAUUUCCAUGCAUUGGUAGAAAAGGGACAUACAAUGAAUCCUAGCUGACUUACAAGGUGAAAAAAUGGCUUGACAAUAAAUUGCAACUUUGGUGUAUUUCAUUUAUAUGGAAUAGGAUCUCAGAAAGUUGGGAUCACUGUGAACAUAGGAUUUUAUGAUGAGUAAUAAUGUGGAAUAGUGCAAAUACUUCUUCUGUAACUCUGACCUACCUGUCAAGGAUAGGUUAGCAACUUAUCAAUGCAUGAUAUCUUAAAACUACUCUUUAAAACAAAAUCUCCUAUCCAAAUUAAAUGGCUGUUAUAAAGAGUGUGACUCUUAGUGCUUUAGCCUGUGUUCCCAGAUAAGUUGAAACGCAUCAUGCUUUAUAUAUAUAAAUAUAUAUAAUAUAUCAUACGACAAAUCCUGUUGGGAUAUUGUAUAGAUCUUAAGGCUUUAGUAGGUCACACUGUAGCUUGUACAUAUAGAUGUAUUUAAACCACUAAAAUGUUAAUAGCAUCACACUAUUCAGCCUUAAUCAUGUACAGAUGUAUAUUAAUGUAGUGUCUGUAAUGAAGUCUUGCAUAUAUGUAAAUGUUCUGUACAUAGUAAUCAGCUAUUGUUGAUAAGUGAAUUUGCCAAAAACCCUAUGUUUUUCUGUUUAAUCGAUCAAUGACUGAGUGAGUUUGAGAUGCGUGGUGUGACACCAGGAGUUACUGUGAGAUUGCCCCUUCCUCUGUAUCACAUAAUUAUCAGUGUUUUACGGUACAUGUGAUAACCACGUGAUGAUUUCAGUGCUGUGAUCGCUUUUCUUGCCGAGGGUCACCAUUACCAUAUCACCUGCUGUUAUAAUUACAUACAGACUUCAUUCAUGUUGAGUUUAAUGUUCAAGUAACAACACCUGCAGACCUACAUCACAUCAAAAGAGAUGGGCUUUCAUUUGUAACAUUGUUUUGUUUCAAUUUGUAAAAAUUGUUUAGUAUCCGAUCCAUGAACCUUUAGAUUGUUAACAGGUUAUAAGAAAGUAAGAAAGUUGAAUAUUUGGGGAAAUUAGCAUAAUUUAAAAAAAAUAUUAUAAAUGUAAUGUAUGUGUUAUAUUUGUGUAAAUUAAGAAGUGUUCUCUUCAUGAGGUGUAGAACAGGUGAGUGAUACAGACCCAUUAGGCCUCUUGUAAUUGUGUAAUUGUAGAAAAUAAAUAGUCCCAAUACCAUUAUGUUGUGUUUAAAUCUGUUGUUAGAAUCCGUGAAGCACAUUUUCAUGUCACAAGUUAUAUACUGCCAAAAUGUGGGAGUCCCCAUCCUGCCGAUCAUUACUUGGUAAAGGUGGAAAAUCCGUGUGAUCUGCCAGUAUUUAGGUUUUGUCAAAGUCUUUCAUUAAUGGUAGAGGAUAAAACACUGGCCAAAAGUGGUUUAUUGGAACAUAUCUGAUUACGUGCUAUUUUAGAAACACCUUGACAUUGAUUAUAUAUACCGUAUAGCAAGCUUUUUGUUAAACAUUGUCCUUCACAACUGAUAUGUCACAACUAACUUUGCCCAUUAUUAAAGGUGUCACAAUACUCUCACAGUAACUCCUGUAAGGUUGCUAAUGUGUACAAAGGUCUAGUGGUGAUGGAAUACCUUAUAUAGGAGGGAGGGAGAAUGUUUGGUGUUACUACUGGAGAUCUAGACAGUGAAUACCUGAUGUAGGAGGGAGUGAGAAUGUUUGGUGUUACUACUGGAGAUCUAGACAGUGAAUACCUGAUGUGAGAGGGAGAAUGUUUGGUGUUACUACUGGAGAUCUAGACAGUGAAUACCUGAUGUGAGAGGGAGGGAGAAUGUUUGGUGUUACUACUGGAGAUCUAGACAGUGAAUACCUGAUGUGAGAGUGAGAAUGUUUGGUGUUACUACUGGAUAUCUAGACAGUGAAUACCUGAUGUGAGAGGGAGAAUGUUUGGUGUUACUACUGGAGAUCUAGACAGUGAAUACCUGAUGUAGGAGGGAGGGAGAAUGUUUGGUGUUACUACUGGAGAUCUAGACAGUGAAUACCUGAUGUGAGAGGGAGAAUGUUUGGUGUUACUACUGGAGAUCUAGACAGUGAAUAUCUGAUGUAGGAGGGAGGGAGAAUGUUUGGUGUUACUACUGGAGAUCUAGACAGUGAAUACCUGAUGUGAGAGGGAGAAUGUUUGGUGUUACUACUGGAUAUCUAGACAGUGAAUACCUGAUGUGAGAGGGAGAAUGUUUGGUGUUACUACUGGAUAUCUAGACAGUGAAUACCUGAUGUGAGAGGGAGAAUGUUUGGUGUUACUACUGGAGAUCUAGACAGUGAAUACCUGAUGUAGGAGGGAGGGAGAAUGUUUGGUGUUACUACUGGAGAUCUAGACAGUGAAUACCUGAUGUGAGAGGGAGAAUGUUUGGUGUUACUACUGGAGAUCUAGACAGUGAAUACCUGAUGUAGGAGGGAGGGAGAAUGUUUGGUGUUACUACUGGAGAUCUAGACAGUGAAUACCUGAUGUGAGAGGGAGAAUGUUUGGUGUUACUACUGGAGAUCUAGACAGUGAAUACCUGAUGUAGGAGGGAGGGAGAAUGUUUGGUGUUACUACUGUAGAUCUAGACAGUGAAUACCUGAUGUGAGAGGGAGAAUGUUUGGUGUUACUACUGUAGAUCUAGACGGUGAAUACCUGAUGUGAGAGGGAGAAUGUUUGGUGUUACUAUUGGAUAUCUAGACAGUGAAUACCUGAUGUGAGAGGGAGAAUGUUUGGUGUUACUACUGGAGAUCUAGACAGUGAAUACCUGAUGUAGGAGGGAGGGAGAAUGUUUGGUGUUACUAUUGUAGAUCUAGACAGUGAAUACCUGAUGUGAGAGGGAGGGAGAAUGUUUGGUGUUACUACUGGAGAUCUAGACAGUGAAUACCUGAUGUGAGAGUGAGAAUGUUUGGUGUUACUACUGGAUAUGUAGACAGUGAAUACCUGAUGUGAGAGGGAGGGAGAAUGUUUGGUGUUACUACUGAAGAUCUAGACAGUGAAUACCUGAUUUGAGAGGGAGAAUGUUUGGUGUUCCUACUGGAGAUCUAGACAGUGAAUACCUGAUGUGAGAGGGAGAAUGUUUGGUGUUACUACUGGAGAUCUAGACAGUGAAUACCUGAUGUAGGAGGGAGGGAGAAUGUUUGGUGUUACUACUGGAGAUCUAGACAGUGAAUACCUGAUGUGAGAGGGAGAAUGUUUGGUGUUACUACUGGAGAUCUAGACAGUGAAUACCUGCUGUGAGAGGGAGGGAGAAUGUUGGUGUUCCCACUAGACAUGACAUGUUAAAUAGCAAUUAAUCCUUCAAGUUUUGAUGCAUGUCUCAUGACGAACAAAGACCAUGUUAUUUUUGUCUCCCAUAAUUUUUCUCAUAAACUUUCGUUGAAGUGAUCAAAUGUCAAGAUCACAUGCAUUUAAAAAUUUUGAAUUGUACAUGUGAACAAUUCCAUUUAUUUAAGGGCGAUUCACAAAGUCCCCCAACACAAUGUGAUUCAUUUUAUGUUGUAUACUGUAGAGAAGGAUUGAAGUAACUAUGAUUAUGCAAUAUGAUAUAUGAUACACACUGCUGUUGAUUAAAGCAAUGCUGUGGUCAUUGGUAAAGUUAUCCAAAUACUUCCCAGUAGUUUUUUUUUUUUCAAAAAUAUUUUUGAUAUUUAAAACAAAAAUUGUAUGAAGAACAGUGACAUAUUUAGCUUGAAAGCUAAUGGCAAGAUAAACCGAAUCGUAGAUACUGUUGAUUAGAGAAUGGCAAAACGUCAUGAAGAAAAAAUUAGCUGUCUUCGGAUAAUCUUGCAAUUUUCUGUAAUUUUAAAAUCAGUUUAAAUUUGUGAAUAAUGAGAGAGGUUGUUUUAACUUUUUACUUUCUCAGAAAUUUUUAAACUUUUGAUUCCUUCAUUUUACUUGAGUGUUAUAGUGAUAUCGAGUCAGUAUUAUGAAAUAAGUGAUCAUUUGUUACUGUUAUUUUGUAUAAUAAAGCUUGAAGGUCUUUCAAAAACAUUGUUAAAAAUGUCUGAAGGUCUGAGGUAAUUUCAAGUUAUGAUUUAGCAUGGUAUUUAUACCUAUCUUUUUUUUCGAGGAUGACUUACACACAGCAACACAAGGUAUUUGAUAGAUCUUGUGUUUAUAUUCCUGACAUUGCGAUGUGACAGGUAUUUAGCACUCAGUGCAAGGGGAGUAACUGUAGUUGUAGAAUACAUUCCAUUUGACUUGGAAAUGCACACAAAAAACACAAUUUUACAUCUACAUACUGCUUAAGUGAAUCGGAACAACAGCAGUGUUUUGAGUGAAGUAAGUUCACUCAUAAAGAACUGCCUUUUAAUUGAUUGUUAAUUAUUAAUUAAUUGACUUGUGAUAUGGUUGAGGAAGAGACGAAGUCGCUUGUGCCUUUGGUUUGCUUGCUGAAUGUUUUGGUUGACGUCCUGCCCAUAGGAGAUUCAAUGAUGAUAUUAGAAGUGGUAUUUAUGUCCUUUUAGUGCAUAUACGGAGUCAAAUUCUUAAUUUUAAUUUUCGUUAUAAACUAGUUAUUAACCAGGAAAUUAAGAAUUUACUUGAGAGCUGUCCUAUAUUUGGCUGUUGUAUAAUUCUUGGUCUACAGCAGACCAGGGGUGUGACCUCGUACAAUUUGUGUAUCCUUGUCCACAUUCCACUAUCAAAUCUUCAACUUUCCAAACAUAUUCAAAAUAUUCCUACACAUGAUUUAAACAAAUCUACACAUAGAUAAACUUUAUCAUUUAUAAUACUUUAGUAGUAAAAAAAAAUAAUAAUAUGGCAAAAUUUCUUUGUAAUAGACCUAUGUCCUUAAAAUUCUAGACAUGUUUAAAUCAGUAGUGAAUGAGAAAUUAAGUCAGAAGCUGAAUAGAUAUGGCAGGUGACAUUACAUUGUAGGCCGACAGUUGGUAGAUAGGUGGAGCAGUGAAUAGAUGUAGGAUUACAGUAAUGUCAGUUGGUAGGAAGACUACAGUUCUGACUGUGGGUAGAUAGGUGUACAACUAUGGUACUGACAGGGGUAGAUAGGUGUACAACUAUGGUACUGACGGGGGUAGAUAGGUGUACAACUAUGGUACAGACGGGGGUAGAUAGGUGUACAACUAUGGUACUGACGGGGGUAGAUAGGUGGACGACUAUGGUACUGACGGGGGUAGAUAGGUGGACAACUACAGUUCUGACGGUGGGUAGAUAGGUGGACAACUAUGGUACUGACGGGGUUAGAUAGGUGGACGACUAUGGUACUGACGGGGGUAGAUAGGUGGACGACUAUGGUACUGACGUGGGUAGAUAGGUGUACAACUAUGGUACUGACGGGGGUAGAUAGGUGGACGACUAUGGUACUGACGGGGGUAGAUAGGUGGACAACUAUGGUACUGACGUGGGUAGAUAGGGGGGGUAGAUAGGUGGACGACUACUGUACUGUAGGCCAACAGUGGGUAGACAAUAAGUAGAUUGAGGACUACAAGAUAAAACGAUGGAGGAUGAGUGGCUCCCAAUUUCUGAUGGUGAGAAUUACAUGGUGCUGUCAUGUGAGGGGUCAAAUGUAGGGAAAAAGACAUAAUUAUUUAAAUUAAAUCAUUAUUGUAAAUUUUUAGCUUGAAGUUUUUAAUUAUGCAAGAAUAUGAAAUGAUUGAUGAGCACUUUUUGCAUAUCAUUUGUAUAUCUCCACGUUUGCUUUUAUUGUCAUUGUUUGAAUGUUAUUAUUUUUUCAGGAAUCAAAACAUUUCUUCCAUAGAAAUGAAGUAUAAAAGUGCAAUGAUUUUUCUCCCCCCUUAUUAUUGUUAUUAUAAUGUUGACCUACCACACUAGUUGUAGCCUACUACAGUGUAUAGUACCGAUGUAUCCUGUGUAUAGCUCCUGUUAUUUACCUUGUGUUAACACUGAGUUUUAUAAACUACAACGUAUGUGUGAGUGUGGGUGUGCAUGUACAGUUUUGUAUGCAAUGUAGUGUUAUUACUUUUUGGUGAAAUCUUAUUGUUUUUGCCGAAAUUUCUGUGCGGAUUUUAGGUGUGGCAGCCACCUUGUAGAUAAAGCCAAUGGUAUUUUGCUUUGGAGUUAUAUAACCCAAGGAAGGUUUAUUAUUGCAAAGUUCCCACCACUAAUACAUACAGAUCUGUAAGGAGAGCUUAGCCAAUUAUUACUAUUAUUAUUGUAUAGUUUUAUAACACAAAUCAGUAACAUGUAAGUGCAAGAAAUGGUAAAAUAAAACCGCAAAAAUAAUAAAAUUACAUAAAUUCUUCUA